AUGGAGGAUCUGGGAUCCUCGUUGGAAGGACUCAAAAUUCCCUCGACUCCUUGCUGCCGCCAAUCACUAUCGCCAUCCCCUGCUCCUCUCUCAAAUCCAUCUUCUGCUCCCACACUCCAACUGUCUCACCAAUCCUUUUUCCUCGCCUUCCCCACUCUCACAGGCAAGCUCUACAGCUACAACGCCUCCACCGCCUUUAGAUCAGAAUCCGAGCCGGCAACCGCAUUCUCAAAUUCGGUGACCAAGAAAUUUUCGGUGAUGGUGGUGAUGUCGUUGUUGAGCGGAAGCUGGGCUGGUGCUGUAAGAGGCUAA